AUUAUUCAGCGGAAUUUCUGCACAGCAAACUUUUUUUUAGAAACCCGACAUGUAACACUGUUUUUUUUACCUUUGCCUAAUUUUGACCAGUCCUGGUUUAGCAACACCAAAUAUGUUAAAUGUAACUUUUUUCAGCUCACAGGCUAAAGGAAAACGUCGAAACCAAGGCUUUGUUAGCGAUUUGACUCACCACUAACAGCUUUUAAAGCGAGUUUAGGCAAAGCAUCACCGUCGACAUCGGCCACACUUACAGGUAGUUUAGAGGGACGGGAGCCUCGGCUUUUCCAUGUAAUUUGGGCGCUAUUUUACUGGGAGAGGAAACUUUUUGUCCAGAGUUAACGAUUAAAAUAACAGCAGCAUCUCAUGGAGGUUAACCAGUAAUGACGGUAAAUGUUCCAACGAGGGUGACGGGGGAGGGCGGGGGGUGCGAAGACGCCUGGAGAUCCCUCAGCAACAAACUGUGUUCAACUCACUGAUGUUUUGUGGAAUUGCUUCAAGUUAGGUGGUUCUUUAACUCCAGCAAGUUUUCAACAGCAUUUUGACGUCAUUACACACACCUAUGCUGGCUAGACUGCUUUUGAGCUUCACUCUUCAGUUAUGACGUACGUUGCCUUUGCAGAAGGAAACGCCACCUUUUCCAUGUCUAUCCAACUCCAAAACUUAUUUUGUAAUGGCUGCAUGUGGCUAUGUCUGGGUUGUUUUGAUAUCUUAUGUAUUUAUUUAUUUAUUUGGUUGUUGGAUGUCUUGAAGUCAUAAACUACUUGAUGGACAACAAUAGCCCACUAUAAUCUAUGCUCGUAAUCGCAGACUGUCUUUUCUUUUUUAAUUUCUGAAAUCACGCUUUUUAAAAAAUAAAUGUAUGUGCAUGGGUUACUUUUCUAGCAACAUACGGAUAAAAACAUGCUUUCACUCUUAAAAUUAUACAGAGAAUAAUGAAAAAAAAACCCACACCAAUCGUUUUGCAGGAGAGCAGGCUGUUGCGUGGUUUAGGUAGUCUCAUGUUGUUGGGCUAUUUAUUUUAUGUUCCCACAACACGAAACUGCCUUGAUUACCUCAGUGAAAUUCGUCUUAUAAUUAAACGCGAACCACGUUGGAUUAAUGUUCAUUAAUAAUUUGGGACGAAGUGCAUCGGCUCUUUAAAACUGCAGUUCAAAAGCAUUGAGCUGCAGGAGGGAGGGCAUUUAUCUGUGCGUAAAAUACAACAAUCAGACAGGAGAAUUCUGUUGUUUCUGCAGGUUUUCAAAAAAUACAAUCAGAUUGACAGGAAAAUCACAGGAAGGGUUGAUAUUUAAAUUAUAGGCUGGAGUAAUAGUAUAAAAAAAUAAUCCAAUCGUUUUUAAUUAUUUUUUUUACGUCCACUAGAAAAAGUGUGGACAGACAAGGCCUCGGUUAUGAUCACUGCAGUCUCGCCAGUUGCUUUAAAAAAAAGAAAUGCCGGAUGCGUCUGCUCGGACCGUGCAAAGAAAGAAGACAAAGGCUGAGCUUUAUUGGUGAUAUUUAGCUUAGACAACCCGGCUGUAACCUGAAGAAAAACAACCCAAUUGCCCGUGAUAAAAUGAACCGUUAUAUGGCACCCAAAUAACUCCAGCCCCGCUUGGAAUGCCUUCAAAGACACAGCUUGGUUAUCUCUUGGAAACUUUCCUCUAGGUUGUUUACAAUAUAAUUUUUUUUUAAAGAAGGUAACAAUAAAAGGUAUGGAGCACCAUUACAUUUUAGAUGUUCUAAAAUUUCAUUUUAAAGUCUAGCAACUUUUCACUUUUGUAUAUUUUCAAAAGUAGCAAACAAAUCGAUUUUUUUUUUCCAAAAAGAAGCUUUGAAGAUCCAAUAACCUUGUUCAUGUGUAAACACACGGAUGUCCUCUGUUGCACUAAAACGAGAUCCCUUGACUAAAAUCACAACAUUUAUUGCUUAUAAAAGGAAAUAUUUGCCAAUAAAAGAGCGAACAUUUGCUAUUAAAAUAUGGUGAGUGAAAAUGGUGGCCCCCUUUUUAAGCUGAGCGGUAUACAGGCUGAUUUAUUAUUUAUUGUUCUGUCCCACGGUCACGUGUUUUGGGGCGCCCUAUCCAGUUUUGGACAGGGUUCAACUUACUGGACGGAAGGAGCUCCUAGGUGGCGCACCAACAGGACACCUUGCAAUGGAAUGAAUCCCUUCUCUCGUCAUUGCAGGAUUGUAAAACCAAGGUUUUUUUUUUUUUACACCCUUUUUUAUUUGGUACCUUGCAUAUAUAUUUUCUUUCUUUACUCCGGCGCAAUGGGGACGAGCUACUACGUUGACACGCGCAUUCUUUCGGAGCAAGAAGAAAUGGCACCGAUGAGGUACUCAACCUCUGCAGGAAUGGAGCAGGCGGCGCACACCGAAUAUGGCGGACAGGAGCCGAAAUCCUCUAUUUUCAGUGGAUCCUGGAGCACCAUCGCGGCGCAUCCUCCCAACGCAUACGUACACCAUCAAUACACCGGGGAAGCCGAUGGCAUGCUUGCGCGUUCCUGGGCGUUGGACCCGGUCUCCGCGUCGCUGUGUUUGACGGGAAUCCCGUCUGCAGCCGCGCAUUACGAGAUAAAGCCCGAGCCGCUGCUCGGCGGUGCCGAGUGCACGACUCUGGAGGCGCACGCACCCCUUUUGUCUGACAUUGAAAACGGAGCUUCCCUCACGGAGAUUCCCUGCGAUACACCACCCACAUCUGCAGCCAGCGACGACAAGCUGACGGCAGAGAAAAGGGAUGCGGUUGAUGCAAACAACCCGUCGUCCAACUGGCUGCACGCAAAGCCGACCAGGAAAAAGCGCUGCCCCUACACCAAGCACCAAAUCCUCGAACUGGAGAAAGAGUUUCUCUUCAACAUGUACCUCCCCCGGGAGCGCAGGUACGAAGUGGCGAGGCUCCUGAAUCUGACAGAGAGGCAGGUGAAAAUCUGGUUCCAGAACCGCAGAAUGAAGAUGAAGAAGGAAACCAGAGACAGAAGGAAAGACAGCUAGUGCCCUCUUUGCGUUUAAACCUGGCGGAGGGGGAUGGAAGAGGGGCGGAGAGGGGGGACUUAUAAUUCCUGGUACGUGUUGUUGUAAAUUAAUGUUGUUGAAACAACGCGGAGUGUCCAUUUUCCCCCCCCACUGAUUUUCUGUGAUUGUGUCUCGUGGUGGAUUUAGAUAUCUUGUAUUUUUUAUUUUAUUUUUUUUUUUGCGCACACAGUGUGUUGACUCUGUAGGCCGUUUAUGAUUUGCAUGAACCUUUACUUGACUACCUAGCCCAUCGAUAUCCUUCAGCUACCUAUCUGCAUUGAUUAACUUAUUUUUUUUUAUUUUUUUAUUUUAUUUUAUUGCGGCUAAUUGUGUUUAAAUGUUUGGAUGCAUUUGUGAAAACCCUGCGCACACUUGAAAUACCUCACAUGUACUGAUUUUAUUUAAAAUAAAGUGUAGUUUGUAUCAUACAUUUGGACGUGUAAUGUCACAGUGAUUCGUUUUCAUUUGAAUGAAGUAUAAUGCACCAUGUUUUUGCACAUGUGUAAUAAACACAAUACGCUGCAGUGUGGGCUAGAGUCGGCCAAAA